AGGGUCCUUUUCUACAGUUUACUGCCAAAACAUAUUUAGCUGUUAAUUCGGCAAUCUGACUAAAGUAUGACUUCACUUGAUAUGCUGAAAUAAAAACUCGGUAAUUCACGAAACCGUGCCUGUCCUGCGUUUUCAGUCGCUAAAACGUUAGGCCUAUCUGUGCGUUUCUGUGUGUGUAUGAGUGUAGUGUGAUGACGCGAUGAUCCGCAAGCCAUAGAGGGAUCGAUGGAGACUGGUAUAGAUGGAGACAUACCGAUAGAGGGAGGGAAGAAAGACAUCGUGGCACUAGAACUGUAGUGUAUGGGAAUAUCAAGUAGAGAGAGAAAGAGAUAAAUAUAGCUUCAACAACGAGAGAGAUAGUGAGAGAGAGAACACGGGCUGUGAAUUCGCGGACGACAUGAGAUUUCUACAUGAAUAGUAUAAAAUGCUUUAAAACUCAGCGUUUUGCCUUACAAACGUGUUGUCAGACGACAGCCACUAAAACAGGACUACACAUCAAGUUCAGGCAGUAGGGGGCAGCAUGCCUGAGCAGAGUAAUGACUACAGGGUGGUGGUGUUUGGAGCGGGGGGAGUGGGGAAGAGCUCCCUGGUCCUACGCUUCGUUAAAGGCACCUUCAGGGACACCUAUAUUCCCACUGUGGAGGACACCUAUCGACAGGUGAUCAGCUGUGAUAAGAGUGUGUGUACGCUCCAGAUAACUGAUACAACAGGCAGUCACCAGUUCCCUGCCAUGCAGAGGCUGUCCAUAUCUAAAGGACAUGCCUUCAUACUGGUCUACUCUGUAACCAGCAAACAGUCACUGGAGGAACUCAAACCUAUCUACCAACAGGUGAUAGCCAUAAAGGGGAACAUAGAGGCCAUCCCCAUCAUGUUGGUGGGCAACAAGAGUGAUGAGACCCAGAGAGAGGUGGAGACUAAAGAUGGAGAGGCACAGGCGACCACGUGGAAGUGUGCGUUCAUGGAGACGUCAGCUAAGACCAACCACAACGUGACCGAGCUGUUCCAGGAGCUGCUCAACCUGGACAAGAAGAGAAACAUGAGUCUCAACAUCGACGGGAAACGGUCCGGAAAACAGUCCAGAGCUGAGAGACUGAAGGGAAAAUGUAGUGUCAUGUAGAGGAGAGGAGAGAGGGAUGGAGGAAGGGAGGAAGGAAGGGAGGUAACAAGGAAGACAGAAAGUGUGAGGAUAGAAGAGAAGGAAUGGGAGAGGGAGAGAAAGAGAAGAGAGUGAAGAGACCUCAGGAUCACUGGUGGGUUCUAUACCUCUCCCUCUCAGUAUCCUCCUCUCUCAUCUCCUGUCUGCCUGAGCAGGGUCCUAAACAUCCAUACAGUCCCACUGUAGUGAAAAGAUUUGGGGGGGGGGUAGUCUGAACACGACUCGAACCCGCAACCCUGCAUCUGUCAGCAUCAGUCCAACACCUCAGCCAUUACGCCGUGAGGUCCCAACCUCUUGGCGAGGUCACUAGAUGUUACACUAGGGACACUCCAACAUAAUGUACAUAUCCUAUGUAUACAUGGCCUCCCUCCCUAGCACAUCUGAAAGAUACAGACAGUAUACCCCCUAACCGUCUCUGUCAUCAUGCAAAAUGGAGAAUCCUCUUAACUCCUCAUUCAAAAUGGCUUCUAAAUCAUUACUUGAACUGGAGAAACGUUGAACUUGUGCCAUCAACAAUCCCUCUAAGACUUUAGCUCAGUGUUAAAACAAGGGAAGGGCAGUGGUUCACGUCUGACUUGGAAUCCGAGGAAAGGGAACCUGGGAAAGAAAGAUGUGGUAGUUGGAGUGAAAUGUUAAGAAGUCUACCUGGGACACUUGGUAGUUGGAGUGAAAUGUUAAGAAGUCUGCCUGGGACACUUGAUAGUUGGAGUGAAAUGUUAAGAAGUCUACCUGGGACACUUGGUAGUUGGAGUGAAAUGUUAAGAAGUCUGCCUGGGACACUUGGUAGUUGGAGUGAAAUGUUAAGAAGUCUACCUGGGACACUUGGUAGUUGGAGUGAAAUGUUAAGAAGUCUGCCUGGGACACUUGGUAGUUGGAGUGAAAUGUUAAGAAGUCUGCCUGGGACACUUGGUAGUUGGAGUGAAAUGUUAAGAAGUCUGCCUGGGACACUUGGUAGUUGGAGUGAAAUGUUAAGAAGUCUGCCUGGGACACUUGGUAGUUGGAGUGAAAUGUUAAGAAGUCUACCUGGGACACUUGGUAGUUGGAGUGAAAUGUUAAGAAGUCUGCCUGGGACACUUGGUAGUUGGAGUGAAAUGUUAAGAAGUCUGCCUGGGACACUUGGUAGUUGGAGUGAAAUGUUAAGAAGUCUGCCUGGGACACUUGGUAGUUGGAGUGAAAUGUUAAGAAGUCUGCCUGGGACACUUGGUAGUUGGACUGAAAUGUUAAGAAGUCUGCCUGGGACACUUGGUAGUUGGAGUGAAAUGUUAAGAAGUCUGCCUGGGACACUUGGUAGUUGGAGUGAAAUGUUAAGAAGUCUGCCUGGGACACUUGGUAGUUGGACUUUGGUUGGAUGGACGAUGGAGUGGACUUGGAACAUGUGAAGAGGUAUUAGAAAAGGUGGUUGUGGGAUUUGGACUGGGAAUACUGUGGGAUUUGGACUGGGAAUACUGUGGGAUUUGGACUGGGAAUACUGUGGGAUUUGGACUGGGAAUACUGUGGGAUUUGGACUGGGAAUACUGUGGGAUUUGGACUGGGAAUACUGUGGGAUUUGGACUGGGAAUACUGUGGGAUUUGGACUGGGAAUAUUGCGGAUGAUGUCGCUGGGAAUGUUUGCGUCGGUUGGCUUUGGCCCUUGUUGUUUCAUGUGAGGAGCCUUUCUGUUGGCUUUGUGUUUCCCAUGCCAAGCAGCUGAAUCCUCUUCGUACACAGAGGAGCACAGAGAGGAUGGAGUGACGACUCUACUCGACGGAGGGAAGACACUCAAUUAGUUUUAUGCCAUGCAAAUACCAUCACAUUGCACUUAAUGUCACACAUACACACAAAUAUAAAUGCACACGCACACGUUUUUUGGAGACCAGUGGUCAUUCACCUUGUGUAUUCCUACAUAGUAUGUACAUGAAAAAGGAGUGAUAUUAUUAUGUAAAUGUCAUUAUAUUAUUGUCCCAAACACCUCUAUUGGUUUAUGUAAAGCAAUAAGGUUGUUUGUCAAAGUACAGAAUAUAUCCUCCAGGUGGAAGUUGCCCCUAACCCGCAGAUCUAGGAUCAGCUUACUCCCCAAAUCAUAACUUUAACCAUUAGGGGGGAAUGCAAAACUGAUCUUAGAUCAGCAUUUAUGGACAAAGUCAUCCUACUUCUUACUAUACAGGAGAGCUAAAAGCACAAUCAUUUGAUUGACGUUGUGUUUUUGUUUUACCAUGUUUCCGUUAUCUAUCUUGCAGAAUAAAUAACUGUCAAUAUAUUUUGGACAGAGGUGGAGGAAGGAGGGAGCAGCUCUCCUGUAGUUAUUAUUCCAGGUGACUUGUAAUGUGUACAGUAUUUAAACGUGUGUGAAGGUCACCAUAAGGCUGUGAAUUUGGUUAUAUAGCACGGUAUUGUAACGAAACAGACAAAAAGGUUAAGUUUGCAUCUCAAAUGGCACCCUGUUCCCUAUAUAGUGCACUACUUUUUUUUAUGCUCUGAUCUAAAGUACUUCACUAGUAAUUCACUAUAUAGGGUACUAUUUAGAACACACUAUGUGAGGGAACCCAGAUCUAGACUGUCUUUCUGGAAUAACACCGUUGGACCCAAAGAAGUAGAAAACACCCCUUCAUAUCUCUCUCUAAUAAAGAAGCACGGAAUUGAUUCGAGUUUCAACCAGGGAUUGGAGUUCAUUUUCAAUUCAGAAUAUUCAUGGGAAUUCUGUUCAUGAAAGGAAAAAUCUGUCAUUGAAAAACAAUGGGCAAAUUGAAUAGACUGAAUUAGAACGAGAAAGGUCCCCAUCCCCGGUGGCCACUGUGUAUAGGGUAUUGAGAAGGUACGUUGUGUUGCUAUGUGCUGUGUUAUACUUAUGGCCCAAAUUUUUUCCUGACCUCAUGCCCUGACCAGGAAACCGCUGAUCCCCAGUUGUAGGCUAUAGCUAAGGCUCAGGGUUGUUCCUUUUCAGAUCACAUGCUCAGGAAAAGGUCCUGGAUCUGAUUAGAAAACUGUGUUAUAGUGCAGUAUUACACUAGAACUAUAAUAAAGUAUACAGUCAUCUAUUAUUCAGAUCAGAUUGACCCACAUUUUAGUGAAUUAUGUGGAACGUUCUACAUCAAAUAGUAUUAAACUAGUAUGGUGUGUGUGUGUGUGUGUGUGUGUGUGUGUGUGUGUGUGUGUGUGUGUGUGUGUGUGUGUGUGUGUGUGUGUGUGUGUGUGUGUGUGUGUGUGUGUGUGUGUGUGUGUACAGUGCACUCAACAGUGUUAGUUUAAAUCAGCACAGACACCUUUACCCCAUCCUCCCACAAUAUUCAGUGUGUGUGUUAAUGCGGUUUUAUGAAGUGUCUGUCAGAGGUUCCCUGUGGAGAUGACCCACACGUUCUGCAUGAGUCAGACUGCUGAGGCUCAUGCACACACAAACACACAUACUGUACACAGUACACACACACAUAAAUACACAGGCAAUACCAAGCAGACAGAGAGCAGUCCUCUGUGCCACAGAAACCUCAUUAUCUGCGUGUCUCAUGCGGCACCCUAUCCCCUGAUGUGAUUCUGGUCAAAAGUAGUGCACUACAUAGGGAGUAGGGUGUCGUGAGGUUUGCACUUUGUCUCUUUUUCUGCACUGCUGUGUCACCCUGUAACCUGUCUGUUGUACUCUUCCUAUUACCCCUCCCCUUCACUCCACAUCUGUAUAUAGCUGUAAAUAGCUAUUCGAGUUAUAUAGCUGGAGGUGGAUAUAGAGUCUAUAGAGGAUUUAGGAACUUUAGGGAAUGGUGACAUCAUGGCCCCCUUUGCCCUCUUCAUACGAUUGUGGGUAGUGUGGUUCUCUUAGGAGUGAAAAGAUAAAGCUGCCAACUGUGAUUCCACAGAACAUUAUUAUAAUCAGAGAAGGGGUGGGCCCUGAGGAAGAUCUCUCACCUCAUUGGUUGAACACCUGGGGGAUUGGCCAAAGCCCAAAUGGGCAGAGUCCUCCAGAAAUGAACCAAUGAGAGGGUUUCUUUUUUCGCGUGUAGUUUAGUGUGCUGGAUCCUGUCUUGAGAUCCACACACAAAACUAGACUUUCCUCACAAAUAUAUCAAUAACAUGAUUUACGUGAAAGUCUGAUUUUAGGAAUGGGUUCAGAGAGCAUUCCUAUAAUGACUCAGGAAUGGACAAAGAGGCUGCUGAAUGGCUGAAUAAAAACCAAGAUCGAAACACACAGAACAGAGCUGAUAUGAUUCUAGAAUAGAUUAUACAAGCCAGAUAGUUGUGUCUGUUCUACGUAGUUUCUACCUGAAAUAGCCCCUACAGCCUUUCACUGAUGUGUGUUAUCAGAAAGUCAUGUUGCUGGAAACUGGGUACUGGUCAUGUUGCAGAAGAGAAGUGGCACAAAGGACUAUGGGAAGAGUAGUUCAUUGAGUGUAGUUAAUCAGAAACAUGUUCUAUAAACUCAAGCCUACCAAGGACACAGUUUGGAAUUUUUGCAUCACCCCAGAUCAUACUAUCAGCCCA